AUGGCCUUGGCUUCCGCCGCCGCGGCAGGCUCCGCCUUCUCCAUGAUGGCGGCUCCUCAGGGGUCGCAGUCGCGCGUCGUGGCCCGGGCGUCGGGACCCAGCCCGGUUUCCGCGCCGAGCAGCGGUGGAGUCGCCGGUGUGACGGGCCUGGUGGGCGCAGGCUUGGUGGCCAGCGCGGCGCUCAGCCUCUCCGUCAAGCCCCGUGGUGGCAAGAAGAACCUGGUGUCCAUGGCCGCUCGUGGUGGCGAGAGCUAUGACGCUCUUGUGAAGGACCUGGAGACCCUCGUCAAGGAGAAGGAGUGUGGACCGAUCCUGGUGCGUCUGUCGUGGCACGAUGCCGGCGUGUUCUCGGAUGGCAAACUGAAGGGUGGCUGCCCGAAUGCCGCCAUGCGAUUCACCGACGACGGAGAGGGCACCUUCGGCGCCAAUGCAGGGCUUCCGGAUGUUGCUCUUGGCCUGCUGAAGCCCAUCACCGAGAAGUACGUACCGGACACCAUCGGACAUGCAGACCUUUGGACCUUGGCUGCCAAUGUAGCGAUCAAGGUGAUGGGAGGCCCGGACAUCAAGACUCGCUUCGGCCGCAAGGAUGCCGAAUCCUCCGCCGACUCCGUGGAAUCCCAGGUGGGCCGCCUCCCGGACGGCGACAAGGAGAUUGAUCACCUUCGGGAGAUCUUCGCCCCAAAGGGCUUCAGCGACAAGGACAUCGUGGCCCUGUCGGGUGCGCACACCGUCGGAAAGUGCCACUUGGAUCGCUCCGGCUUUGACGGCCCUUGGACGGAGGCACCGUUGAAGUUCGACAACAGCUACUUCAAGGACAUGAUGGCAAAGGAGUGGACUGACGACAAGACGGAAAAGGGCAACCCUCAGUUCAAGAGCGAGAGCGGCACCAUCAUGCUCAUCUCCGACCUGGCCCUGCUCAAGGAUCCCGCCUUCAAGGAGCAUGUCGAGAAGUAUGCGGCCGAUCAGGAUGCCUACUUCGCAGAUUUCACUACGGCCUGGGUGAAGCUGCAGGAGAACGGCUGCUCCGGCCUGCGGGACAGCCUUUGA